AUGCGCCGCCGCUCGAGCCCCCGCCCGCCGUCAUCCCUCUCGCCGACGUCGACCCCUCGGCGGACCAGCAGGACGCCGGAGCCGGGGUCCGCGAGGUCCAGCAUCGCCAGCAGGGCGUGCGACGCCUGCCGCGCGCGGAGGAGGAAAUGCCGCUUCGACGAGGGCGAGGGCGAGGGCGAGGGAGAGGCCUCGCCCCGCGCCGCCGUCCAGAAUCGGACGCAGAAUCAGACACGGACGCAGUGCCGCGAUUGCCGCAGACUCGGCAUCGUGUGCAGUUUCCUCGUGCCCACAAGGCCCCGGGGACCGAAACGCAGGAAACGCCUCCCGUCAAUGUCUGCCGGGAGCGAUGGCGAGCUGCCCCCCCGUGAAUCCGGCGCAAACCAGGUACAUCGCCAACCCGUGGAGCCGGCCCUGAACAACAACAACGAGCCCGUUCUCGUCUUGCCGGAGAGUAACCAUCAUCCCCAUCCUCCGAGAACAUCGCAGGCCAGGUCCCCUUUCGAGGCCUCGCCGAACCUCAUCCAUGGACCCUCCCCCCAUGCUGCCGCUCACUCCCACCUCAACACCGAGUCGCCGUCGGUACAGGUGGCCAACCCGGGCUACCCGACCGACGAGCUGUGCUCGAGAAGGCUGAUCCACGUCCUGAUGGCCGACUACCUCGACCUCGUCUACCCCCUGGUGCCCGUCGUCCACAGGCCGAGCUUCCGCCACGACCUGGCCACCAACCGCGACGUGACGGACCCGGACUUCUCCGCGCUGCUCAUCAGCCUGUGCGCGCUCGUCGUCGGCCUGCUGCCCUCGCGCUUCCGCGACUACCGGGCCGUCGACCCCGAGGCCGGCCGCCGCUUCGGCACGACGAGGACGGCCAUGAUCGACCGCUGCGCCGAGAUCUGCAUGCGCCAGCGCACCGCCCGCUACUGGGACCGCAUCAACCACCGGAAGUGGGCCGUGUGCUACGUCUUGUCCGUCGCCUGCUUCCAGACGGGGCAGGUCAACCGGAGCCGCAUGUUCGACGUCGAGUACCUGCAGCUCUCGCGCCUGCUGGGCCUGCAUAGGAUCUCCGAGUACGAGGGCCUCAACUGCAUCGAGACCCAGCUGCGGAAGAAGGCGUUUUGGAUGCUCUUCUAUGGUUACGCGGUCCAGACCGGCCGCGGCGUCGAGCUGUCGUACUUUGGCCCCGGCGAGCUCCGCGAAGUCAACUACGACGCCCUCAUGCCCCUGGCCAUCGACGACGAGCACAUCCUCAGGGACAGGAUCCUGGACCCCGCGAGGCCGUCCCGGACGACGACGACAACGACGACAGUGGCGGCCGUCCCUCACGAUACGCCGCCGACGACCCACGCACCGAAACCCCGCUGCCGCCGCCGUCGCGCGGGUCCGGCCUUCGUCCUCGCCGACGGCUUCAACAUCCACUCCAGCGUGUUCCUCAAGGGCUUGCGCGAGGAGAUGAGGACCGUGGGCUGCGACUGCGAGCUCCGGCAGAGCCCCGCCUUCCGCCUGGCGCGCCUGCGCGAGCUCCUCCUGGAGAUGCGCUACAUGCUCGACAACGCCCCCGGGCCCCUGCGGCAGUGGGCCUCGUCCGAGAGCUACGACGACGACGGCGGCGGCGGCAACGACGAAGACGAUGAUGAUAACGACGACAACGACGAUGACGAUGACGACGACGAUAACGGUGCUGCUGCCGCUGCCGCUGCCGCCGUCGCGGGCACCCCGGACGGCCGGUGGGCCGCGGUGUCGAGCUACGGCAGCCCGGCGGGACACUCGCGCGGCCAGGCGGCCGACGGCGCGCCGGACCCCUCCGAGGUGAUGCGGGGCCAGGCCGAGGUGAUGAGGGCCAACAUCCACGUCACGCACCUGUGGCUGCAGAGCCUGCUGCUGGAGAAGGUCGAGGUCGUCAUCCAGGAGAGCGCGCUGGGGAACCCCUCGUCGGGGGUGGGGGCGGCGGCGGCGGCGGAAGAGGUCUCGGAGGCCCUCAGGGAGAACUGGGCCGAGCGGGAGGACAUUUGCCGCCAGAUGCUUCACCUGCUGCACAGCAUCCCGUACGUCUACCUGGAGCCCAACGGCCUGUACCUGACGUACAAGGUCCGCGACGUGGCUGUCACGCUCCUCAACUGCCCCUUCCAGCCCCACGAGCGGCCUGCGCGCCGCGCGGUGGAGUACAUGCGCGACUUCACGCGCGCGCUGUCGCGGCUGGACCGGAGCGAGACGGUCAACACCAACAGCCUGAAGAGCUGGGUCGAUGUCGACCGCGAGCCGGCGCCGGCGUGA